AUGCACGAGCAGACAUGGAAGUUGACUCAUUCCACAACCAUCCGCGAAUUGAGAGUAUGGGCGGAGACCAACAAUAUUCUGUUGGACGACAAAUGGGUGGCCAAGGUUUCCGAUUUCGGGUUGUCUAAAAUGGGUCUGGAUAACACAGCGAUCAGUACCAUUGUAAAGGGUACGCCUGGGUAUUUGGAUCCGGAUUAUUUUAAGCGUCAAAAACUAACGGAAAAAUCGGACGUGUACUCCUUCGGCGUGGUUUUGUUCGAAGUACUAUGUGCCCGAAAAGCACAGGAUCAAAAACUUGAGGCCGAGCAAUGCCACUUGGCCAAGUGGGCCCAGAAAUGCAUUAAGAAAGGUAACAUCGGCGAAAUUAUUGAUCCGUAUCUUAAGGGUAAGAUAGCUCCCGACUGUUUCAAGGCAUACGUGGAGGUCGCAGAGAGCUGUGUACGUGAUCUGGCGAGCCAACGGCCCACAAUGAAUGAUGUGAUGGAAAAGCUCAAUUUUGCGUUGGCGCUACAGCAGAAUGCGGACGCCACAAAGGAGAAAAUCAGCCCAGGUGGUGAGCAUAGCUACCCAGAAGUGGUAUCAUUCAGUGUUUCCAGUAUGAUUAGUGUUCACAGCGGACACGUGUUGGCAAUGGAUAGUGGGACCGGGUUCACAAAUAGUACUGGAUUGACCUGCCCAACUCUUGAUUCUGCUAUCACUAGUCAAGAUGUCUUGACGGACACCACCAACUCUAAAUCUUAGGGUUUGUUAAGUAAUUUUCCAGAGUGUGGGGCA